AUGCAACAUACUGUGAAUGAUGCGCUCGGAGGUGGUUGUGAGUACGAUCGUCCUAAUUAUUAUGCAAUCCUUGGAUGUGACCAACACUCAACCAAAUCACAAAUUAUGGCGGAGUAUCGGCAGCGAAUUCGGCAGCUUCAUCCUGACAAAUCAUUCAAACAAGUGCCCGAAAUAUUUUAUGAGUUGCAGAAAGCUAAAAAUAUUCUGACAGAUGAUAAGAUGAGGCGAGCAUACGACGCUUGGUUUGAUUGCUCCGUCAAUAUUCCUUGGUCAAUGUGGCUCGAAAAUUCUCACAGCCUUUCCGAUAUACAUUGGACACGCCGAGUUCACAAUUCAACCAUGCUCAAAUAUCGAAAUGAGGAAAUGAAAAUGGAAAAUUUAUAUACAGGCAGCAUAACGCGUCAAACAUCAUCUCAUCAUUCUUUAUUACUUAAAAAGUUCAAAGAUUAUGAAAUCUAA